AUAUUUGAUAAAAAAAAAAAUCAUGUAUAAACUGACUGAUGAUGCACAAAAAAUUAAAAAAAGACACCCGAGAAUUGUGGUGGGACGAAUGUUAAAACCUUUAGAAACCCAUGGUCGUAAUAAAUUCUCCAAGAAAGUCUCUGGGAUCUUAAAUUCCUUUUAAUUAAAAAUGAAGAACCAUCUUUAAUUUAGAAAAUUAUUAAAAAGCUAUUUUUGGUAAGGAGAAGGCUAAACUUUGCUCGCUAACUCCCCUAAGACAAGAAAAAAAUGUCUCCCUUUUUUUAUGAACCCUCAAAAACAAUGUCUAACAUUUUGAACAAUAAACAAAAUCCAAGCAAAACAACAUUCAUAGACGAAGAGGCAUCACCAUACAUCAUCUUUGUGAUAAACUUCUUCAAAAAGAGCAAAACCACAACAACAAAGAACAGCAGCUCCUUUUCUUCUCUUUAACCCAUGACUGCUGUUCUAUAUCUUUGCCUCCUCUGUUUCUCCUUCACCCCGUCUCUGCAACACGUCAGCGAGUCUGAGCCGCUCAUGCGGUUCAAAACCUCGGUGAAUAUAACCAAAGGGGACCUGAAUUCAUGGAGAACUGGAACCGAUCCUUGCAAUGGCAAAUGGUUUGGGAUAUACUGCCAAAGGGGUCAAACAGUCUCCGGUAUUCACAUUACCAAGCUCGGUCUCUCUGGGAUCAUCCAUGUCGAGGAUCUAAAGGAUCUCCCAAACCUAAGGACAAUCAGGCUUGACAAUAAUCUUCUUUCGGGCCCACUCCCUCCUUUCUUCAAGCUCCAUGGCCUGAGAUCGCUCUUGCUGUCAAACAAUAGCUUUUCUGGAGAGAUCGCUGCUGAUUUCUUCAAGGAUAUGCUACAACUUAAGCGCGUAUUUUUAGAUCACAACGAUUUCACUGGGAAUAUUCCCACAUCCUUGAUGCAACUCACGGGCCUGGAGGAGCUUCACUUGCAAGCCAACCAGUUCUCUGGUGAGAUACCUUUGCUUACAGAUGGAAACAAGAAUCUUAAAUUACUCGACCUCUCCAACAAUAACCUGGAGGGAGAGAUCCCAAAGAGCAUAGCAGAAAGAAAUAUUGUGAAGAUGAACUUUCAAGGCAACCAGAAGCUUUGUGGACAGCCGCUGAAUAUCAUUUGCGAUGAUAAACCACCAGCGUUAGGAAAAAACCCUAACGAAGUCACCGGGAAAGCCGUCUUUAUGGUCAUACUUUUUCUUUUGAUAUUCUUGAUCCUGGUGGCAAUUAUAACAAGAUGGAAGAAGAAGAGGCAGCCCGAGUUCAGGAUGCUCAGCAAGGACCACCUAAGUGACACUGAAAGCGUGGAAGUACGCAUGCCAGACUCCGUAAAGAAGCCUGUUGAGGCGAGCAAGAAGCGAAGUAACGCGGACGGAUCCUCUAAAAAAGGUUCAACCCAUCAUGGGAAAAGUGGAGGAGGAGGCGGCAUGGGAGACAUUAUAAUGGUAAACAGCGAGAAAGGCUCCUUUGGUUUACCCGAUCUCAUGAAGGCUGCGGCCGAGGUGCUAGGCAACGGUAGCCUAGGGUCGGCCUAUAAGGCCGUCAUGGCCAAUGGAUUAUCCGUGGUUGUAAAGCGGAUCAGGGAUAUGAACAAGCUGUCACGUGAUGCGUUCGAUGUUGAGCUACAACGUUUUGGGAAACUACGACAUCCUAACGUUCUUACUCCUUUAGCUUAUCAUUACCGUCGUGAAGAAAAGCUUGUAGUCUCGGAAUACAUGCCGAAAAGCAGUCUACUCUACGUUUUGCACGGAGAUCGAGGGACUUUUCAUUCCGAGCUAACUUGGUCAACAAGGUUGAAGAUUAUACAAGGAGUCGCACUUGGGAUGCAGUUCUUGCAUGAAGAGUUUGCGUCCUACGAACUUCCCCAUGGAAAUCUAAAGUCCAGUAACGUUCUAUUAAGUGAAACCUAUGAGCCACUGGUCAGUGAUUACGCAUUCCUCCCACUUCUUCAGCCUGACAACGCCUCGCAGGCGUUAUUCGCUUUUAAAUCCCCGGAAUUCGCUCAAAACCAGCAGGUUUCACCAAAAUCUGAUGUAUAUUGCCUCGGAGUAAUCCUUUUAGAGAUCAUGACGGGAAAGUUCCCUUCGCAGUACCUAAACAACGGCAAAGGUGGCACAGAUAUCAUUGAAUGGGUGCAAUCUUCGGUGGCGCAGCAUAAAGAAGAAGAACUUAUUGAUCCAGAGAUAUCGAGUAAUACUGAUUCGUUGCAACAAAUGGUAGAAUUGCUGCGGAUAGGCGCUGUGUGUAUUGCAAGUAAUCCAGAUGACAGGGAAAACAUGAAAGAAAUUGUUACAAGAAUAGAACGAAUAACGAUUUGACGAGAUUUUAAAGAGAAAGUAAAAAGCAUGUUUAUAUAAAUAGGAAUGAAGAUACUUUUAUUCUUAACGACAAAAAUCAUAUUUAUCUGUUCAUUAGGAAGAGGCCAAGAGAAUACCACCUUUUUCUUCCUUUUUUUUGUCUCAUAGAACUUUUUCCCCCUUUUUUUGUUAGGAGACUAAAAUCGUAUUAGUCGUUUAUUUUUGCUUUAUUUUUCAAGGAACAUUGUUGUUUAUAAAUCCAUGUUUUGUGUUUAUACAAUGAAUUUUUACCAGUACAUGUCUAAUUUUUUUUUCAAUCUAUACACAUUUUAAAAGACGAUUUAUAAAUUUGACCUACUAAUAAAUAAUUGUAAUAUACGAGAAAAUCACAAUUAAAUUUUUUUAAUAUCACGUAAGUUGUUUAUAAAUAAAACAAAAAGUGUAUAACUUUUUUUACUAUUAAAUUAUGGUUGUUUUUGUACACAUAUAUUGGAGAAUAAUAGCCAAGAAGUCACUACUCCUGCUACGUCGACCUUCAUUUUUCCUAGAA